AUGAAGGUCCACGUGACCAACCCUACUAACGCCGCCAAACUCCGAGAUGCGCUCCGGCUCUUUCACCUGCCAGCGACGAUGCUUCGAACAACGCUGCGCACUCGGUUGUGGCCGUCCUUGCGUGCGACCCGGUUCGUAUCCUCCGUGCCGCUUAUUCGCAUCCAGGACGGGACUUUCUACAAGCAAUACCCGACGGAGCAAGAUGGUACCUCGAAUCCGCCUUUAUACCGGAACUUCAACUUCACCCUCCCCUCCGGUCCUUCGCCUCCCUCGAAGGGUGCGAAGCCCGUGCAGCAAUACUGGGCAGUAAUUGGGCCGUCGGAGCGAACUGACAUGCUCAAUAUCCUUCGCGGCCAGCACAUCUCCAUCCCACCCAACUCACGCACAUAUCCCUACCUCCUCACCGAUGAGCUCGCUGCCAAGGACCCCCGGUUACGACUUGUCGAAAACGCAAUUCAAUACAUUGGAUUCAACGGUGAAGGCUCCGGAGCCAUUGGCGGCACCCGAGGCGCAUAUCUGAGUGCUCGGUAUGAGAGCCAUCGCGAGGAGACCGAUUGGACGGUAGAGCAAUUCCUGCGAGGCCAAACCUCACUCAACCCCAUGGAAGGAGAGGAAAAUGGCACGUUGCAUGAUGAGCAGCUACUGCGGCAGGUGACCGCCGACCUGCACCUGACCAAGUUGCUUGACAUGCCGGUCGCGAACCUUAGCAAUGGCCAGACUCGGCGGACACGUAUUGCACAAGCUCUGCUCAAGAAGCCAGAGCUGCUGCUUCUCGAUGAGCCUUUCAUGGGAUUGGAUCCGCCCACGGUUCGUAGCAUCAGUGAUCUUCUGUUCCGCCUGGCUCAAAAAUCUUCUCCACGGCUAGUUCUGGCCCUCCGCCCGCAGGAUGCAGUGCCACAGUGGAUCACACACAUGAUCAUCGUGGGCAACUCCCAUCAGAUCAUCCAACAGGGCUUACGCUCGGAGGUUGUCGAAAAGUUGGAUGUCUGGAAGCGUCUUGCCACGACUGUGAAACCCCGUGCCAUGAGCGGUGCUGAAAAUGAUAUUGCGCAAGAGGCUCGCGAUCUUUUGAAGUCCGGUGUUCUCGAUGAACAACUGCUCCGAGAUUUCACCGUGGGCCAGACUCAUAGCCGCCGGAAAUAUCAGCAUGCUUCUCUGGGGGGAGAGCCGUUGAUCGAGAUGGACGGUGUGCGUGUCCAAUACGGUGACAAGGCGGUCCUGGGUGACUGGCAACAGAAAGUGGACGAUAAGAAAAAAUCUGGGCUACACUGGACAGUACGUCGAGGCCAGCGCUGGGCGGUUCUUGGUGCCAAUGGCUCGGGCAAGACAACGCUGCUGUCGCUCAUUACUUCGGACCAUCCCCAGACAUACGCCCUCCCAAUCAAAUUGUUUGGACGGUCUCGUCUUCCCGAAAAAGGCAAGCCUGGAAUCUCGAUCUUCGAACUUCAGUCUCGGCUGGGACAUUCUUCGCCUGAGAUUCAUGCAUUUUUCCCGCGUCAAUUGACGGUACGUGAAUGUGUGGAGUCGGCGUUUGCAGAGACAUUUUUGUCGAAACCAAAGCUUGUCCACGAGAAUGACAUUGACGUCAAUGCCUUUCUUCGCACCUUCAAGGCCGAGCUUGAUCCAAAUGAGUCGAAUGCAGUGCAUCAGGAGAAUGGAGCAUCCCACGUCGACGUGUCUCAAAACUUCCCCAAACUUCCCGGGGUGAGCCUGAACGAACCAUUUUUCCCGCCCGACUACGACGUGGAGUACGCCGACAAUGUUCGGUUUGGGCAACUCAGUACCGCGCAGCAGCGCAUUGUCUUGUUCCUGCGUGCCCUGGUCCACAAGCCGGAUAUCGUGAUUCUAGACGAGCCCUUCUCGGGGUUGACUGCUUCCCAGCGUGACAAGUGUCUGGCGUUCCUUGAACACGGUGAGGCUCUAUCCAAAACACAUAGCAAAAAAGGCAAACAUCGGUAUAAUGGUCUGUCGGAGGAUCAAGCCCUGAUUCUCAUCAGCCAUGUCAAAGAGGAAAUUCCCGACGGCGUGCGGUAUUAUAUGAGACUACCAUCUGGAACUAGCGACGACCCCGAGCCCUUGGAUUUCCGAUUCGGGAUUCUCAAGUCCGUGAGCUAUCUCAAUGACCCCAAGGUUUGGGAUGCAGCUUGGGCUCCGGCAUCGCGGUUUGAGCUGAAUAGUAGACGAUCAUGGCGGAGGAACCAGGAACUUCUUGAACAGGACGACAUGUCCAGGUACGAGUGGUACUCGAUCUAG